AUGACCAAAGAGUCCGAAGCGCCAGCUGAUGAUGCCAAGGUGACCAGUAACGGAAAAGAUAGCGCGGAAGAGGUUUGUGAAGACACAGGGACAGGCACUACAGAGAGGUCCGACGAGAUUUCAAUCAGCCAGCCCUCAACAGCCAACUCUACGCCGCUCAUGAAGUCUGCCUCCGACAUGGACUCACCGAUCCUGCUGGCACUGGAUUCUGGAAGCGGGCCGAAAUCGAAGCAUCCCAGAAGAAGUUCCUCCAGCAGUAUCAAUAUGGACGAUCUCUCCUUCUUCGAUCUGCUAAACCCGCAGAUCCUGUCAACAGAGAUCAGAAAACACCCAACGUACCAGCGAGUCAAAAACUACUCCUCAGAGUCUAUCAAGAAGUUCAACAAAAAGGGAAUCAAGUUCAACAUCAGCAAUGACGACAUGAAGCAUCUCAAGCUGGUGCUCAAUAACAGACUUGACAAACUCUAUGUUGGAAUCGACAGGACUAUCACCGCGUCCAAAACGGAAAAGCUGUACUAUGCAAGCUCCGUGUAUCUCAUAUUUUUCCUUGGCCUUGUCAUUGGAAAACACCCCGAAUGGUUUCAUGUGGUGUACACAGUGCUAUUUGCUGUCUUGAUGCCCAUCAGAUUCAUCACCUACUACAAAAUGAACUGGAACUAUUACCUAGCAGACCUGUGCUACUUUGCCAAUGGAUUGCUCCUGGUCUUCAUAUGGGCACUUCCAAGUUCAAAAAUACUCUACGUGACCUGUUUGAGCUUCUCUUAUGGUACGCUUUCGUUCGCUGUGAUCACUUGGAAAAACAAACUGGUUUUGCACUCGAUCGACAAAACGACCUCCACUUUCAUUCAUGUGAUUCCGCCCUCUGUGAUAUACGUGAUAACACACCAACUUCCUGUGGAGUAUCGCCAAACACGGUUCCCAGGAUCAAUGAAGUUGCAUAACUGGGAAAUAUGGAACGGAAUUCUGUACACGUCGCUGAUGUACUUUGUGUGGCAGUCCUUGUAUCAUUACUUCAUUACCGUCAAGCGCGCUGAAAAAAUCAAGAACGGGAAGGUGACGUCGUUUGUGCAUCUUCGAAAAGCGUUCGCCAAAAAGCCGAUAGGAAAAUUCGUCAACUCGCUCCCGGAACCGUUCCCUGUUUUUGCAUUCAUGGCGAUUCAAUACUUCUAUCAGCUGGGUACAAUGACGGUUUGUCCGCUGGUGUUCAAGUACAAAUACGUCGCGUCCGUUUACCUCUCGUUCAUAUUCUUCAUGGCAAGCUACAACGGUGCCACAUAUUACAUUGACUUUUACGGAAAGAAGCUUCAGCGAGAGGUCGAGCGGCUUCAAAAGGAGAUCAACGAACUCCAGUCCAAGGCACGUGAGCACGAGACAGAAGGUCCGUCUCCGACCACAGUGCCAAACUCUUCGUAA